GAGACUGGAUCGGGGUACUGAGAGCUGAGAGAGACGAGAUGGAAUUUUAGGGCGAAUAAGAGAAAGGCGGGGAAGGUAGUCAUUCUUUUUAUUCCUGAAGUUCAAUCGAUUUACAGAGCGAGAGAGAGAAGCAGAGCCUGCGGGAGUGAUCGCCGGUUGUCAUCGCUUCUGGUCGCCGGCAGCUAUCGCCACCUUGCUUUCUGUGUUUCUCUUCUCUUUGGUCGAUUACGGAAACUUAAGCUAUCCUUCCGGCCAGGAAACUGUAGUCGAAAUCUAUCAUCUUCAUCUCUGCUUAAGCUAGCUUGUGUGUUGUGUCUGGAAGCAACCCCAUCGCUUACUGCUCAGAAUUUAAAGGUUUUAGCCGUGUUCUUCAAACCCAAUUUCUAUUUAGUUUGCGUUUAUAUUCUACUGUCCCUGCUUUUAGAUUUCUUAAUGAGCAUGCUUUCUCCCAUUGGAGGAGCGCAGCUCGCUGCUAGAGAAAUGGAGUAUUUGUAAGCCCUGUACUAUGUUUCAUGGAGGCCUUAGAAAUUGCUGGGGCUUGAGCUACCUAGAGAUUUUAGAAUGUUCUUUCAGACAAGCGAUUGGGGCAAAAAUGCUGCAUGGAUUAACUGUUUGUUUUUUCAAUAGCUGUAAUGUUUUUUUGUACUUAAGCGUGUUCUACUAAUGAUCCUUUUAGCCACGCGGAAGGUGCACUUGGAAGCAAUCGCGUUGGUUGUUUUCCCUGUGGGUUGAGGCAAGCAGACUUCAGCUUUCGUAUUGGCUUUGCCCUGCUUCAGCUCCUUCCUUCGUGCUGAUUCAGAAUCAUACUCGAGCUGUUAUGUCUGUGGCCUUUAUCUUCAAUUUUGUGAUAACGUCUGUUCCAUCAUGGCGUAUGAAGUUGAAUAACAGGAACUUUCUUUGUUUGAGGGUUAUGGCUAGUCAGGUCUGGAUGCUUAGUGCUUCUGACCUUAAAAUAGAUAGAGCUAGAGAGCUAGCUGACUGUUACCCAGCUUCAUUUCAUGGCGUCAAAUUAAUUGUUAUCCAGCAUACUUAUGCUUAUGUCAGUUGAGGGAUAACGAGCCUUAAGUCAUAAACAGUUAGUAAGAAUUUCGCAUCACUUGUCUUGUUCUUUAUUCAGUGGUAGUUUUGGUUUCAAUGAGCACCGCAAUCAUCAUUUUACACUAGUUUAGCUACAUUGAUAGAAUUAGCAUUAACCACCAAGAAGAAAAGCAGCGUUGCAAUGCUUUUUGAUUAAGACUGGUCACCAAUACGUCCGAACCUCUUAUUCUGUAAACUUGUGCGUGAGUUUUACCUUGUAGCUUAUAGUGGUGGGAUGUUCUAAGCUUUCAUAUACUAUGUAGUUAACUGAUGAGAAUGUUCUCACAGUUGCGGAAUUUUGAUAUCGAAGCUACACAACUUUGUCUUUAUUGUAAUGAAAGCUUUUCUUCUUUGCACUCCCUUUGUGCUUUGAAACUAUGGUGAUUCACGAUGAUCUAUUUCUGGUUUUCCUUUCUCUCUUAGCAGAAGGUAGAAAAUUGGAGCUAUUUUGUAAGCUUUUUACUGUUGUUAUUUUGUUUCUGAACUACUUCUCUCUGAAAGUGGAAUAGUGAGGGUGUGCAUAUUGCAUUGGCUUUCUUCCCCGUCGCGCAGCAAUUAUGACAUCAUCAGUAUUUCCUUGUGCGAUGGCAGUCUGUCUCUGUAGAGUCUCUAGGCGAGUCAAAUAAUUGUGUCCAAGAUUGGUAUUGAACUUCGUUGCACCAUCUUUGUUUCUUACUAGGUACAUAUAAUGAUCCUAACAAAGCAAUACCGAUGCAUACACUCAUCAAGCUGUCAAUGCACAAAAGGGCAUCUAAGUGAAGACGUGAUAUUCUUAGUCUUUCAACAGCUGAACUGGAACCCCAAGUUGAUAGCUGCUCUAUCAUGUUCGUGCAAGUGGUUCGAUGACCUUGCCAAGCGAGUAUUAUGGAAAGAGUUCUGCAAGACAAGGGCUCCAAAGAUGAUGGUUGAUCUACAAUCAAGCGGAAGUCACAGUGUUGAUGGAAACUGGAGGGCACUGGGGAAGUUGCUCAUCUACUGUUCAGGAUGUAACAGGGGUGGCUUAUUCAAUAACAUUCAGAUACCUGGCCAUUUUGUUUACAGGACUCGGUUUUCAAGAACUUCUGGGAAAUCCUUUCUUCUGCCUCAGUGUAGAACUGAUGUUCUAUAUGUUUCGGACCCAUGUGAGCAUCUAGACCAAGGGGAUGAAGGGGAUAUAGGAUUUUUUAGAGGGAUUUUCAAGUCAUUCUCAAUGUCGAAGGUGAGGAAGUUGCUGAUACAAAGAGGGGUCCCACUGCACCCUACACAUGUGUGUCCAUAUUGUAAGGCGAAGCUUUGGAACAUGCUUCAAGCAAAGAUGAUACCAACGAGCGCAAGCUGCAGAUUGGGUUCUUAUGAAGAUUGCAUUGAGUAUUAUGUGUGCCUUAACGGUCAUAUGCUGGGAAUAUGUACCCUCUUACCCUUGUCAGAGUCGGAAGAGGUAUCUGAGAUCGAGUGAUAGUCAGAUUUGGAUCCAGGUAUCUUCCCCUUCCUUCACUAGCAACCCCAUUUUUGCUUGAAUCAAAUUGAGCUAAUACUAUAAGGUCAAUUUCCGUUAUUAAAUGUUUCUUUCAUAUCCCAUUUCCAAUGAAUACUAAGAAAGGGUGAUACAGUGAAAAUAGAGCUGCUUGAAUUGGGCGAUACAGUGAAAACUAGGGAGUUUUGAUGGAUCACCAGUGAUAAGGUUUGGUAGUUUGACACCAUCACCUAAGUUGAUAAGUUUUAGAAAUAGCAUGGAAUAACUCUUCCAUAAGGUCUGAAAAUUCAUACUGAAAUCUGAUAAGUGAAUGCUGUAGAACUAGCCUCCUUGUGCAGGAGUUACAAUGAAGCUUAAUGGGCGAGCAAACUAAUCAUAUUAUCAUUCCUAAACUAAGUAUGAAUUUUCCUAGUAGAUUUAAACUUGCAUAAGGAAACUAUUAGGAAUAGAAAGAAAAAGAAAAACUAAAGCUGAAUGUAUGCCUGUCACUGUAUCCUGAAGCUCUCGAGUUAAAAGCUUUUACAGGGCUGGUAUCCAUAGAAACUGAGACUGCUAGCUCAUUAAUCUUUAGGCUUUUUGACUUUUCUGUUUUCUCAAAUUGCAUCUUGUCCAAAUGGCUCUAGGUGGGAAUCAAUGUCUUCCAUCUUGGGCCUUAACACCUGUAUUCGCUGUGAAAUGCCUAUGCAUGUGGGUCUAACACUUUUGAGGAAAAACUUUGUGGCACCAUCUGUGCAAUUCCAGACGUUCUUCUAACAUGGGGUUGGUGUCUAGGAAUGAUAGAUAAGGGGUUGUUUGGUUACCAUGUGUUAUAGACUACUUGUAUCUAACCAUGCAUGUAUUACGAAUGUGUGAUGUACAUAGUGCAUGUAUUGUUAGAAAACAACGACUGGUUUGGAUCGAUUUUAAAUAGAAACCAGUGGCAGUGCCCAUCAAAAGUACGUAUUCUUGAAAGCUUUGGGGCUUUACGAAAGAUUUCUUGAAUCCACGAAGUCAUGUAUUUUGCAAAUACACGAGUCUUGAUAUACAUGGUUUUCCUGAAAAAACAUAGAAAUAACUUGUAACUUGACUUAUGUAAAAUGUUUCUUCUGUGCAGCAUGGAUGACGAUUCUCUGUAUGGAGACAAUGGUCGUGAAUCCGAAAUGAUAUGCUCUCUCUUUCUGCUAGUGCUACUGCUGUUGUAAAGCUUGCCCCGCUGCUGCUCCUGUAUCUCGCCUGAAAA